AUGAUUGAAGGAUAUCUUUAUAUAUUUCCGCUUUUAGUGUUUAUACUUAUCCCAUUUGCUUAUGCGAUUUCUUUCAUUGUUGCUAUUCAUCUUGGUCAUUCCAAAUUUGAAUAUCCAUUUCUUAGUCGAUCAUUAAGUGAUUCACCAGAAUCAUGUAUUUAUUCACAAAUUAUUAAUUUUACUUCAUUUAUUCUUAUCAUUACGAUUUAUAUUCGUUAUCGUCAAAUAGCUGAACUAAUUCGUAAUCAUCCAACAUGUGGAAAAAAAUAUUCUCAAUUAAAUUUAAUUUUUCUUAUAUGUGGAAUGAUUACAGCAUUUAGUAUGAGUAUUAUUUCAAAUUUUCCACAUCCUAAUGUAUUUUUCGUUCGUAUAUCUGCAACAUAUAUAACAUUUAUUGUUGGUGUUGGAACACUUUAUUGUGAAAUGAUUUUAUCAUAUUGGAUUCGACCAUUAUUAUAUUCAAGUAGAAUUUUACCAUUUAUUCGAAUGAUGCUUAGUAUUAUUUGUACUUUGAUACUUAUUACAUUUAUUAUUUUUCAAACAAUUACUAUUGUUAAAUAUGAUAAUAAAGAAAAACUUUGGACACUAACAAGUCCUGGUUGGAAAUAUCAUUUAAGUAGUGUUUUAUCUACAUGGAUUCUAACAAGUUGUCUUCUAAUUUAUAUUUUAACAUUAAUUAUUGAUUUUCGUCGUAUUAAAAUAAUUUCACCAAAAAUCUUUCUAACCAAUGAUAUUAUUGAUGAUCAAAUGAAUGAUAGAUUAUCAUUAUCAACAUAA